CACUGAACCCGGAGGUCAGUCGGAAGGUGCUGGCUAGUGGUGAGAGUGGACCCAGGUGUCCGGACAGUGGGCUCGGUGGGCUGAGGGCCGGGCCAGGGCACGGGGCGGCCCGGAUUCGGGAAGCUCUUCGCCCCGCCCUGCCUCCUCCUCCCUUGCCGAUUCGCCUAUUCAGGAAUUGGAACUAUGCAUCACGAGAGGCGCGUCUGGGGUCGUAUCUGGCUCUGAGACCCUUGCCACCUGCCUCUCUGCCCACCCACGGCCACCCGGGGUUCUCCCGUCACUCCUGCCCCACUCAGCCUGCUGAGAGUCGCUCCAAAGUAGAGCCCCAGGGCUCCAAGCAGCAUGGGUACGGAAAAGGAAGAGCCGGAUUGCCACAAACAGUUCCAGGCAGCAGUAAGCGUCAUUCAGAACCUUCCUAAGAAUGGCUCUUACCGUCCCUCCUACGAAGAGAUGCUGCGAUUCUACAGUUACUACAAACAGGCUACUAUGGGGCCCUGCCUGGUGCCCCGACCUGGGUUCUGGGAUCCCAUCGGACGAUACAAGUGGGACGCCUGGAACAGCCUGGGCAAGAUGAGCAGGGAGGAGGCCAUGUCUGCCUACAUCAACGAGAUGAAGCUGGUGGCGCAGAAGGUCAUCGACACAGUGCCCCUGGGUGAGGUGGCAGAGGAUAUGUUUGGUUACUUCGAACCCCUGUACCAGGUGAUCCCUGACAUGCCAAGGCCUCCGGAAACCUUCUUGAGGAGGGCUACAGGCUGGAACAAACAGGUGUCAAAUAGAGAUGACGGAGUCGUCCCUGAGCCUCUCUGCCUUCCCAGGGAGCCAGCGCCCCUAAGUCCAGAAUCCCAGCCACCCAGAGACCUGGACCUGGAGGUCUUCUGUGACUCCCUGGAGCAGCUGGAUCCCGAGCUGGUUCGGGCAGAGCAGAAGGGUGCAGCUGGAGGGGAACCUGACACCAGAAGCAGCCCUGAGCCUCCCAGCGAGAAAGAGGGGUCAGAGGACAGCCCAAUGGGACCACCAGAGUUGGACAGAUGGCUGGUGGGGACAGUUCGGGCGCUGCAGGAAAGCAUGCGGGAUGUCCAGAGGAGACUACAGAGUCUGGAGAGCAAGCCCCAGCCCCUUGAGCAGAAGUCGCCCCGGGCUCGCUCUUGGCCCCUCCGGCUCUCCGCUCCCACGCUGUUCUUCUUUCUCCUGUGGCCCUUCGUCGUCCAGUGGCUCUUGCGACAGUUUCGGAGGCAGAAGAGGUGACUCCACGAAGGGGAUCUCUCUAGCAACCGAAGCGGCUAUGAGCUCCUGUCCCUGCUGUGCCCUGAGCCUUCCUGACACUCAUCUUCGUGCACUGGCGACCCCUCCCAUAACGGAGGCCCCACAGGACCCCACCCUUCCAGCACUCUGGCAAACGCUCCAGUCCCCAGGCUGCCCCGGUUGGCUUGGCUGUGGCCGCAGUGCACAUCCUGGCUUUGGGCUUGGCCGAGAGCUGGGCGGGGGGUGCCGGGUCUCACCCAGCCAGUCCCGCCCUCGGGGUCACUUGACUCUCCUCCCGACGGGGCUGCUGCCCAGGAGCUCAGCUCUGGGGCAAGCCGGGGCUCGGGCCUGGGAGGCUGCG